AUGGCUUACUGUUCAUAUGUAAUAGUUGGUGGUGGUGUUGCUGCUAUAUCGUGUGUGGAGGAAAUACGGGUUACAGAUGAUAAGGCCAGAAUUAUCGUUGUGUCGAACAGUCAACUGAUUAAAACUGUUGUUAACCAACAAAAAAUUGGCCAACUGAUGGAAUUAUUUGAUAUUGCUGAGCAGCCAGUGACAAGUGUUUUUGCCGAUCUCGAUGUUACAUUCGUGAAAGCAACCGAACUUUUAUUGGAUAAUGAUCAGAGAAUUACUUACGACAAAUUGUGCAUAGCUACCGGAGGCCGGCCGAAAGCAAACUUUCAACAUGCAUUAUCCAUUUCAAUCAGAGACACGGAAACCGUGGAUCGCUUGACAAAUCGAAUUAAAGAUGCAAAACGAGUACUGGUGGUUGGAAAUGGCGGUAUCGCAACAGAAAUUGUACAUGAGCUUAAAAAUGUCGAAAUUAUUUGGGCUAUACGUCAUUCUUCAAUUUCGGCAACAUUUUUCGAUGAGGGUGCUGCCGAGUUCUUUAAACCAAUGCUCAUAAAUGGCUGUCGAAAGGGACAAUCAAGCAAUACAACAUCGAAAAGAUACCGGUAUAUUGUGGAUAAUGAAAAGGAAAGUGGUGUAAUGGGUUGUGCGCUCGGACCUGAAUGGGCAUCAACAGCUGAUAUUUCCGGAGCACUAAAUCAUCGACAAGUGCAUGUGAUCUAUGAUGUCGAAUUGGAAGGAUUCGUAUCUCAACGUACUGCGCAUAAUGUUGCCAUCCAGAAAGAUCGUUUCAAUUUUUCUAGUGGUAUAUGGCCUUUGUAUGUUGAACUGACGAAUGGAGAGAUAAUUGGAUGCGACUUGAUGAUUGAGGCUACUGGAAUACAGCCAAAUUCUGAUCUUUGGGCUCGCGAUUGUCAUCUGUUGAAUUUGGCAAGUGACGGAGGAAUAAUUGUAGACGAACAUAUGUUAUCGUCAGUUCAAGAUGUAUACGCAUGUGGUGAUGUAUGUACUGCAGGUUGGCCCUGGGCAAAACAUUGGAUGCAGAUGAGGUUGUGGACACAGGCACGCCAAAUGGGUGCAUAUUGUGGUCGUGCAAUGGUAUUCGGAAAUGCAGUUCCACUUGAUUUUUGUUUCGAGAUGUUUAGUCACGUGACAUCUUUUUUUGGAUUCAAGGUUGUAUUUCUGGGACGUUUUAAUGGUGAAGGCGUGGAAAAACCGUUCCACGUAUUACUGCGUAUUACAACCGAUGUGGAAUAUGUAAAACUUAUCAUUGCUAAUGGACGUGUACAAGGUGCGGUGCUAGUUGGUGAAACGGAUCUGGAAGAGAUGAUUGAAAAUCUUAUUUUGAACCAAAUUGACAUCAGCCAAGUAGAAGAAGGUCUUCUGGAUCCAGAAAUUGAAAUCGCGGAUUAUUUUGAUUGA